UGAGGGACUUGUCUGGCUUUGUUGAGACUAGGCAACAACUUUUGUCAUUAAAGCCAAAUCACCGCAUGAACUGGAUUGGUUUUGCGGUUGCUCAUCAUUUGAAUUCUGAUUCUUCCAAGGCAGUAGAAGUAUUGGAGGCAUACGAGGGAACACUGGAAGAUGAUUAUCCUCCAGAGAAUGAGCGAUACGAACACAAUGAAAUGCUGCUGUAUAAGUACGACCGCCACUUCGCCGCCAAGUACGAGCUGGGGAAGGAGGUGGGCCGCGGCCAUUUCGACUACACCUGCUCGCGCCCGCCCGCAAGGGAGACAUGAGAGGCCAGGUCAUGGCUGUCAAGGUCAUCUCCAAA